AUUGGGCAAUCAAUCCUAGGUUUUUGCAGAUAGCUUCACUCUGCUGCAUCUCCGUAACGUUUGAAGUAUUACUAAAAACGACUAAACUAAAACACGAAAUACAUCCUCCAAUCAAAAACUGAGAAGUUAUUUUAUUUUUGCACAAUCAUAAUGACAUUAAUCAUGAUGCCUAGCACAUUGGAAGAUCGAUUGGAUGAUGAACUGGGUUUGCAGGCACAAAUUUCUAACCAUGUGUAAUAAUUAACCCAAGAUUUGUUUGGUAAUAUCUAGGGCAACCCCGGUGUCACAGCAGCUCCCGGCCCGAACCAGACCACCGUAGAAUUCAAUGCAGCACAUCAGGUCGUUCUGUGCUUUCACCACAAUCCCCUUAUCAUCCCACCACAACAUCAUAAUCAUCGCUACGAUGAACAAUACGAUUCCCACCCUCAUUCUCCCUUUGUUUUGUUGUUGUUGUUGUGCUUCUUCUUCGCCGUUUUCUAGAGGGUUGUCGGUGCACGAUUCGACGUCAAAAAAAUAUCAUAAAUUGACCCGCAAUUGUUUCCUCCUCAUUUUCUCUUCUUUUGAUAAUGUCGAUGAAACCUCCUUCUCAUUUUCUCUUCAUGAAAACAAAAAAAAAAUCCCUUUCUUG